UAGGUUGGCCAUCGCUAAGACUCACGAUAAAAAAGCUGACGUACUCGACUCGCGAAAAGAUACGAACAAUAUUUAUUUAUAAUUUAUUUAUACGCGUGAUUAUCCCCGCCGCUCCGCUUCGCACACAACGACACCCGGACUACGGCUAUCAGAUCACAUCCUUAUUCCCGGUGGAGACGGCGAUGAAAUCGCUCAGCGGAUAACUCUAGGCCACGGACGAGCGGACGACGCGCGUGUGUGUGUGUAUGUUUGUGUGCGAUAGCUGGAAAAUUGUUGCUGCGCGAAUUGGAGAGAUAUAUCAGAGUGUGUGUUUGUGCGUGUGUGUGAGAGUGCACUGCAGAAGGGGGGCAUGACGGAGAUAAGGAUAAAGAUAGACGGAUAGUGCAAACGGCAAAAGUGAGAAGAAAUCAACACACAAGAACAGCAGUCAGUGCCUUUCCUCCGCUCUGCUCCGCAUCCGCAUCCGCAAUCCUCGACAGCAACAGUGUGUGUGUGCCUGCGCAGAGCGAUUGUGUUUGUUGUGUUCGUUUGUUGUUGCUGCAGCUGAGUCGUGACACAACAGUAACAACUGGCCAAGCAAUAUCUAAGACACAUGAUGUGGUCGUUCUUCUCGCGCGACUCCUCGAAAGACUUCCCCUACGACAUCGGCGAACCGGUGGGCGGCUUCGAGGACUACUCCAUAUGGACGCUGCACAAGGCCAAGCGCAAGGCAACGCUGGAGGAGGUGUCCGUUUUUGUCUAUGACAUCCGCAGCGGUUCUGAUACGAAAUGUGAACUGGCCAAGGCGUCGCUGAAGCGUCUGAAGACGUUGCGUCACCCCAGCAUCCUGCAGUACUUGGACUCGUUGGAGACGGACAAGAUGCUGUACGUGGCCACGGAGGCAGUGGAACCCUUGGGCACUUACUUUACCAAACUGGCUACUGACAACGUGCAGAAGGGCCUGUACCUUGCUUGGGGCAUCUUCCAGAUCACACGCGCCUUGUCCUUCCUCAACAACGAUGGCAAUCUGCGCCACAACAACGUUUCGGCCUGGUCGGUGUUUGUCAAUGCCUCUGGUGAAUGGAAAUUGGGCAGCUUGGAGUAUGUAUCGGCGGCAGAUGGUAAUCCCAUGCCUCCCGUAAAAAUACCCGUGACCCUGGAGGUCUACGACUCGCCGGAGAAAAAUGAUCAGAGCAAGCUCAAGGCGGCCACCAAAUGUUCCGUGGACAUGUGGGGCCUGGGCUGUCUGGUGUGGGAGGCCUUUAAUGGAGUGCUCAAGCAACGAUCCAACCUUAAGGACAUCGAGCACAUACCCAAGUCCCUGCAAUCCCUGUACUGCGAACUUGUCGGAGCCUCGCCAUCGAACCGGCCGAAUCCAGCUGAUAUAAUCACACGUUGCCGCAAGCCGGGAGGCUUCUUCAAGAAUGAUUUGGUGGACACGCUACUCUUUCUUGAGGAAAUUCAAAUAAAGGACAAGGCGGAGAAAAAUCGCUUCUUCAGCGGACUGACCACACAUUUGGACAACUUCCCGGACAAUGUGUGCAAGCACAAGAUACUUCCGCAGCUGAUAACAGCGUAUGAGUAUGGAGAUGCGGGUUCAGCCGUGCUGGCACCCAUGUUUAAGCUGGGCAAACUGCUCGACGAGGUGGAGUACCAGAAACGGAUUGUGCCCUGUGUGGUCAAGCUGUUCGCUUCCACGGAUCGUGUGACUCGAUCGCGACUGCUGCAGCAGCUGGACCUCUUUAUCGCGCACCUGCAGCCACAGGUGGUCAACGAUCAGAUAUUCCCACAGGUGGCGCACGGUUUCCUGGACACCAAUGCCACCAUACGCGAGCAGACAGUCAAGUCGAUCAUCCAUCUUGCCCCCAAGCUCAACUACAACAAUCUCAAUGUGGAGGUGCUGCGACACUUUGCCCGCCUGCAGGCGCGCGACGAUCAAGGUGGCAUUCGAACUAAUACGACCGUGUGCCUGGGCAAGAUAGCGCCGCAUCUGCAUCCGCAGGUUCGUCAGCGAGUACUGGUCUCUGCCUUUGUUCGCGCCAUGCGGGAUCCGUUUCCGCCGGCACGAGUGGCUGGCGUCCUGGCGCUAGCCGCCACCCAGCAAUACUUUUUACUCAGUGAAGUGGCCAAUCGUGUGCUGCCGUCUCUGUGUUCCUUGAGUGUGGAUCCGGAGAAGACGGUUCGGGAUCCGGCGUUUAAAACUAUACGCGGCUUUCUGGGCAAAUUGGAGAAGGUGUCGGAGGAUCCUAGUUUGCGUGAAACCAUGGAGGCCGAUGUCCACACGGCCACUCCAUCGAUUGGUAAUGCGGCGGCCACUUGGGCGGGCUGGGCGGUGACGGCCGUUACAGCCAAGUUCUAUCGCAGCCAAAGUGAUUCGUCUCGACCCAGACCGCCUUUAACUGGACGCAAUUUGUCCAAGCCAGCAUCACUCGAGCAACCAUCGAGCAGCAGCCUAUCGACCACCACGAGCAGUGUUACCUCAAUGACGUCGCUGGAGCAUGAAAGCAAUGACACCUCCGCCUCGGCCUCGGAUUACGGCAACAACGAUUGGGACAACGAAAACUGGGGCGAAAUGGAUACCUCUCAGGAUCCUAGCAGUCCGCUGGCAGCAAGCUCCAACAAUGGCACCUCGAUGGCUGCCAAUGCCUUGAAUGAAGUGCGCGAUGGGUGGGACAACGAGGAGUGGGGUAGUCUUGAAGAGGAUCCGUGCGAGGAAGAGGAGCAGGCGGAGCAGGAGCAGCAGCAGCAGCAACUGGCCAGACAAUCGAUAUCAUCCACCACGUCAUCCAGUCAGCAUCACCAGCGCCCGCCGCUGCCACAACAGCAUCCGCAUCAGCAGCUGCUGCAGCAGCAUGAACUGAACGACCUGAUCGAGCCGCUGGCCAAGCUCAACUCGCAUGCCAUGCUAAGGCCAAAGGAGCUGCCCAAUCUCUCCAGCAGCAAUACUUCGCCCACGUCCACGGCCACUGCCAAUUGCAAUAAUAUAAGCCCGCCUUCGUCGCAUUUGAAUAAUUCGACGCAUAAUGCCAAUUGGAAUAGCGAUUCGUGGGCUGAUGGUGAAUUUGAGCCGCUGGAGGAGUCGGGAUUGGGGAAUGCCAAACUGGAUGAGGCGCGGCGUAAGCGCGAAGAAAAAAAGCUACAGCGUCAGCGGGAACUGGAGGCGCGCCGGGCCCAGCGGGCGACUGGCCCUAUGAAGUUGGGCGCCAAAAAGCUUUAAAAGUAAUCAGCGGAUAACAGCGCCCGGUGUGUGUGCGCCUGUUAUGCAGCCUGUUAUUUGCAUCUACGUACAUCUAAGUCCCAAAAGUGUAUUUGUAUAUUUCUGUGUGUGUGUCCCUAUUCCCCGUGUCCACCCGUUUUCCUGUUUCCCGUGUAUUUUUUGGGUACCAGUUUGCAUUAAAUGCAAUCACAGUGUCUCGAGCCUCCAUUUCGAUUCCAUAACAUAGCCAUAUAUUGUAAUGCUAAUGCUGGCACGAUAUUACCUAGCAUCUCUAACUAAAUUUCCAAUGUAAAGCACUGUAAUUAAACCUGUAAUUUAUAUUUAUAAAAACAAAAACAAACAAAACAAAACAAGGAAUGAAGCAACCAACCAACCAGUAGUUAGUAAAUUACUUCAAAUUUAUACUUUUAUUAAUCGAGUCUAGUAGAGAAUAAUGAUCCUUGUGGAUCCUUGAGCAUGAUUGUGGGAGAGACCGGGAUAUAAUCAAUAUAUCUAUGAUUGGCGAAUAAAGUCUUUUUCUCCAUCUCCUAUCCAA